AUGAUUGCUGCUGAAGAACUAGCUGAAGAAUAAUAAGAGCAUAAUAAUUCAUUGAUACAAAAUGGAAAGUCUACUUUUAAGCCUCAGUUCCUCUCUAAAUAAGAAAGAGAAGAAUAAAAGUAAAAAUUGGAAGAAGAGCAACAUAAACAAUAAUUAGAGAAACAAUAAUAGAUAGCUUAGAUUCGUAAAGAAUAUAUACAUUUUAGAAGUAAGUUGAGGUCAAAUUUCUUAGGUGAUGAUCAAAAAGUUAGAUAAAUUUUAGAGAAGAAAAGAUCCAAAAGUAGAAGCAGAUCGAAAAGCAAGGAGAAGAAUAAUAAUCGUUAUAUAACUUCGAAUACUAGAGCAACAGUUCCCGUGAAGAUGGACGGAGAAAAUUAAGAGCUCAUGAACAUAAAAAUGCAAUAUUUGGGAUUAAAUAAAUAGAAGAAAAAGAUCUUAAAGCCUUCUGAGAAGUUUAAAAACAUAUUCAAUUUUGAAUGGGAUGCCACUGAAGAUACUUCCAUAGAUACUAAUCCAAUCUACAAGAAUAGAAUAAAUGCAAGCGGUUUACAUUCGAAAGUACAAGAGGACAAAAAUGCGGAUCAAUUAUUGUCAUCAGAUCAUUGGAGUAAGAAAUCUCUGACUCAAAUGCAACCAAGAGAUUGGAGAAUAUUCAGAGAAGAUAUGGAUAUCAUAAUCAAAGGAGGUCGUGUUCCAAAUCCCAUUAGAGAAUGGAACGAAGUAUAAUUGCCUAAGAAUUUAAUGAAUUCUAUUCGAAAUUUAAACUAUGUCAAACCAACUCCAAUUUAAAUGCAAACAAUUCCUAUUGGGUUAGAACGCAAAGAUAUGAUUGGCAUUGCUCCGACGGGAAGUGGUAAAUCUGCUGCAUUUCUAAUUCCAUUAAUCACUUAUUUAUCUACCCUCCCUAAAUAGGAUGAUAAAAUAUGUAAAGAUGGUCCAUAUGCAUUGAUAAUGGCUCCAGCUAGAGAAUUGGCUAUUCAGAUUGAGGCUGAAUUCUAAAAGUUAUCUUAAGGAUAUAAUUUAAGAUCAUUUGUAAUAGUAGGAGGGAGGAAGGAAGAGGAAUAAGAAUUUCAUUUGAAGAAAGGAAUCGAAAUUUUGAUAGGAACACCAGGUAGAAUAAAGGAUCUAUUGAUGAAGAAGUAUUUGGUAUUAGAAUAAUGUUCAUGGAUUGUAUUAGAUGAGGCAGAUAAAAUGAUAGAUCUAGGAUUUGAAUAAGAUGUGAAUUAUAUCUUGGAUUCAAUUACUACUUAGAUGAAAUCGGAAGAUGAAAUAGCAGCUGAGUUGGAAGAGAAGUUGGCCUAAGCUGGAGAAAGGUAAUAUAGAGUGACUCAUUUAUUUUCAGCCACAAUGCCUCCUCAAGUAGAAAAAUUGGCAAAAAGAUAUUUAAGAGCAUUUUGUUUUAUUAGUAUUGGUGAACCAGGAGGGGGCAAGAAGGAUAUAGAAUAAAAAAUAGAAAUGAUUAAUGAGGCAGCUAAAAAGUACUUAUAUCCCUCUAUAUUAGAAAUCGAUUAUUGCAGAUGUUAGCAGCUAAUAAACCUCCAAUCAUUAUCUUUGCAAAUUAAAAGAAGAGUGUUGAAAUACUAAGCAAAACCCUCGAAAAAUACGGAGUAAUAAUGAUCAUAUAUUUUAGUAUAAUUCUGUGGUUUAUCAUGGAAGUAAAACCUAACAACAAAGGGAAGCAGCAGUAGAAGGGUUCAAGUCCAAAAAGAUUGAUAUUCUAAUUGCCACCGAUUUGGCAUCUAGAGGUUUGCAUGUAGAGGGAGUUUAAAUGGUCAUUAAUUUCGAUGCUCCCAAAAAUAUAUAGGUAUACAAUAUAUUGAUAAAAAUAAAAGGAUUUCAUACAUAGAACUGGAAGAACAGGUAGAGCAGGUAAACGAGGACUAGCUGUGACAUUUCUUACUAAUUAGGAUUAGGAUCUAUUUUAUGAUCUAAAAGAGUAUUUGAUUAAAAGUGGACAAAAUGUUCCACCAGAGUUGGCUUAACAUAUGGCAUCAAAUUAAAAACCUGGUUCUGUGCCUGAUAAUGUGCCCAGAAGAAAACAAGUAAUUUUGGCGCAUUGA